AUGGAAUUUGUUAAACAAUCAGAAAAAUCUUCUGACUCAUUCGAACCUAUUACUGAAUAUUGCAAUAUGCAAUUAGAUGAAGUAAAUGAAACUAAUUUGCUAAUCGAUGAAGUGAUCAAUCUUUCAAAUCCAGCCUUUGUUAACAAUAACAAUUCAUUUAUCAAAAGUCAAAGUAUG